ACAGCAGACAACAACGAAAACAGAGACAUACGUGUUUCUGUGUGCUCACAGAACAAUCACACACACAGACAGAGCUCAACCGAUGGGUAUGGCAGCUGCAUGGAUUCGAGUCAUUCUGCUAGUUGCUGCGUGCUUGCUUCCUCUAUUUGCGGAGGCCAGGAUUAGGCACUACAAGUUCAACGUCGUGAUGAAGAAUGCGACGAGACUGUGUUCAACCAAGCCCAUAGUAACCGUCAACGGAAAAUUCCCAGGUCCCACCAUCUAUGCUAGGGAAGAUGACACUGUUCUGGUUAAGGUGGUCAACCACGUCAAUUACAACGUCAGCAUCCACUGGCACGGUGUCAGACAGCUUAGGACAGGUUGGGCUGAUGGGCCAGCGUACAUAACACAGUGCCCAAUUCAACCAGGCCAGGUCUAUGUGUACAACUUCACCAUCACAGGCCAGAGGGGUACACUCUUUUGGCAUGCACACAUCCUCUGGCUCAGGGCCACUCUCCAUGGAGCCAUUGUUAUCAUGCCCAAGCUUGGUGUUCCUUACCCUUUUCCCAGACCCCACAUGGAACAAAUCAUUGUGUUGGGUGAAUGGUGGAAAUCAGAUACAGAGGCUGUCAUUAAUGAAGCUCUGAAGUCUGGGUUGGCCCCUAAUGUCUCCGAUGCUCACACCAUCAAUGGCCACCCAGGUCCUGUCCAAGGUUGUGCUUCGCAAGGAUUCAAUUUUCAAGUUGAACAGGGAAAAACCUACCUUCUGCGAAUUAUCAACGCUGCACUGAAUGAAGAACUCUUCUUUAAGGUUGCAGGCCAUCAACUCACAGUGGUUGAGGUUGAUGCAGUCUACACGAAGCCUUUCAAAACAGACACCAUAGUCAUAGCACCAGGCCAGACCACAAACGUCCUUCUCACAACCAACAGAGCCACGGGCAAGUACUUAUUUGCAGCAUCUCCUUUCAUGGACGCUCCCAUCAUAGUAGACAACAGAACAGCCAAAGCCACAUUACACUACUCAGGCACUCUCGGUUCCACAAUGACCACCCUCACUUCCCUUCCUCCCAAAAACGCAACACCAGUAGCCACAAAGUUCACUGACUCUCUCAGAAGCCUAAACUCAAACGCCUACCCUGCAAAAGUCCCCUUGAAGAUCGACCAUUCCCUGUUCUUCACCGUCGGCCUCGGCGUCAACCCCUGUGCUACUUGCGUAAACGGAAGCCGUGUGGUUGCCGAUUUCAACAACGUUUCCUUCGUGAUGCCGAACAUUUCUCUGCUCCAGGCACAUUUCUUCAACAUUAGCGGCGUUUUCACCGACGACUUCCCCGCUAAGCCUCCGGUGAUGUUCAACUUCACCGGAACACAGCCGGCCAACUUCGCGACCACAACAGGGACGAGGCUUUACAGGCUUCCUUACAACUCAACAGUCGAGUUGGUGUUGCAAGACACAGGAAUGAUAGCACCUGAAAACCAUCCAAUUCAUCUUCACGGCUUCAAUUUCUUCGUGGUUGGCAGAGGAGUUGGAAAUUUCAAUCCCAAGAAGGAUCCCAAAAACUUCAACCUCGUCGACCCAGUGGAGAGAAACACAGUUGGUGUCCCGGCGGGUGGAUGGACAGCCAUUAGGUUCAGAGCUGAUAAUCCAGGGGUGUGGUUCAUGCAUUGCCAUUUGGAAAUUCACACGUCGUGGGGACUGAAGAUGGCAUUCGUGGUGGACAAUGGUAAGGGACCAAACGAGUCUCUGCUUCCACCUCCAAGCGAUUUUCCCAGGUGCUAAGAAGAAGAAGAAGAAAGUGCAUGUAUUUUGAUUGCCCAUAAAAGCUGAUAACAAAAUUUUCUUGAAGCAAGAUAAGGAGGGGAGAAGAAGCAAGGCUUUGUAGGGAAAUAAAAUCAGAUGUGAUGUAACUUCACUUUUAUUACUGUCAUUAUUAUUUCAUUAUUUGAUAUCGCAUUCACGUUUUUGAACUCAUAUUUUCCCCUUCUCGAGUUUAUUUUUUGGUCUCCAUGUAACAAUGCAUGCAAUGGGAAAGAAAGUCCCAAGGAUUUGCAAUAAAGUUGAAUGGUUUUAAACCCUCGUAU